AUGGAUAUCUCAGAGUUCUCAGUGGAUUGGCUACCAGAACACCCACUCAACUUCAUGAAGAUGAUGAGUGAGCCCUCUGAGAGGAAGUCGAAGAAGAAGACUUUGAAGUUGGGAGAACCUUUAGAAACCAUAUCGCAUAUGCCUCUGGAUUCCUCUGUUUCAAGUAAGUCAUAUCCCUCUGAAACUCCUUCAAAUUCUAAUUUAAAGCAAAUAUCUUCCUCUCUAACUCAACCAUCUUCUACCUAUACCCCCACUGAACCCAUCAUAUUUAUUCCAACUCCCUCUGAACCUCACAACUCUAACCCUUCCUCGCCCCUUCUACAAAAAUUCAACCUUACUACCACAACACUUCCUAUAUUUGAAGCCUUACUUCUGAAUGAAGCCAUUUCACCUCCCUCCUUAACUCCCUCAUCACCACCAUAUUAUGACCUUUCUUCUGACUCUGAACAACCAGAAACCACUGACCUUCCAUCUCAAACAUUGGCCCAACUCCAAUCCAUAACACUAUCUAACCAACCUCCAUUUGUCCCUGAAACCUCAGUGCCUUCACCUUCUGAACCUCAAACAAAACCUCCAUCUGAACCCCCCACUGAACCUCCAUCUGAACCCCCAACUGAACAACCUUCUGAACCUCCCACUGAAACCAUCCACACUUCAUCAGAAUCCAUUAAUCCAUCAUCUGAACCUGAACCAACCUUCCCCACCCUGGAAAAGUCGUUUGCUUUAUUUUCAGAAUCUUCAGCUGUGAAGCUCAGAACACUGUCUGAACAAUCCAGCCUAAGUGAUAAUCCCUCUGAAGUAAGGAAUCACUAG